AUGCGGCAGACGUGCAUCUUCUCCGGGUCCUCGCACCCGUUUCUGGUCGACGCAAUCUGCGAACGACUGGGACAGAAGCGGGCCAAUGUCGAGCUGAAGAAGUUUAGCAAUGGCGAGACGUCAGUCGAGAUCAGUACGUUUCCUGGCUCGAGGAAGUGCGCUCGCUGGCUGACAUGACCAUAAGAAACCUCGGUCCGCGACCAGGACGUCUUCAUUGUGCAGAGUGGCAGCAGCCAGAUCAACGACAAUGUCAUGGAGAUGUUGAUCAUGAUUUCUGCCUGCAAAGGCGGCUCUGCGCGCUCCAUCACUGGUGAGUACACGACACUGACCGGCGACGACUGCCUCCGAGCUGCCGCGGUUAUACUCGGAUAGAGAACCUUGCUGAUCUGGACGUGUCUCGUAGCUGUCAUGCCCUACUUCCCAUACUCGCGUCAGUCGAAGAAGAAGGCGCACCGUGGCGCCAUCACAGCCCGCAUGCUCGCAAACCUCAUGAAAGUCGCUGGCGUCGACCAUGUCAUUACCAUUGACCUGCACGCCUCGCAGAUGCAAGGCUUCUUCAAAUGUCCAGUCGACAAUCUCUUCGCUGAGCCUUUGCUGGGCAGAUGGAUCAAGAUGAACGUACACGAAUGGUGGGACAGCGUCGUCUGCAGCAAGAAUCCUGGCGGCACCAAACGAGUUACGAGCUUGGCGGACAAGCUGGGACUGAGCUUCGGUAUUGUCACCACGGACCGGAGAAAGCCGCCGAUGGCACGAAGCAUGUACAACUCGGUAAUAUUGGAGAGUCUCGGAGCAGAUGGCACCAAUGACCGCACUUCUUUAGAAGACGAAGCGGUGCAGAGCAGGAUGAACUCCCCUGAGAGGCUUUCAAACUUGCCCAAGGAACGUGACUGGGCGCAGGGUAGGAGUCGAGUGAGCUCCAGGGCUGGCGCAGAGAGCCACUCAAUUCCACACAGGCCCCAAGCCCCACCGCGUGCAGCAGUAUCCAUGAUUGCUCCAACCAAGACCAGAGUCACUAAUGGCGAUCACGGCCCGAGUCCACUCGCACAGGCAUCUCGCCCAGAUUCGAGGGACGGCGAAGAGAAGCCCGAGGAAGGCGACGACGAGCUGGAAUUGACACGAGCCACCACCGUCCCUACUGUUGCAAAUCUCCAUUCACAAGACGAAGAUGGCUACGAGGAGCCCGAAAACGACGACGACACCGACGAGCGUGCGAGGGACGUCAUCACUGGCCGCCUCAUCCACGGUCACAUUGUUGAUGACGAUGUCCCUUCUCCGAGCGCAUCUCAAUACUCGGGCCAACGCGGACAUCGACAGUCAAGUGAGGACGAAGAGGCCCCAGCACAUAUGAUGGAGUCGUUCAUGUCGACGACCUCUUCUCGCUUCCACCACCGUCCGGACAACGGUCUGGGCGGUACUGGUGAUGCUACCCACUCUGACGAGGAGGAGGAAGAAGCACUGCAAAACCCAGAUGUCGAGACUCACGUCACUCUUGUCGGCAAUGUCAGGGACAAGGCUGUGAUCAUCGUGGACGACAUGAUCGACAAAGCUGGCUCCUGGAUUGCCGCCGCAGAAACUGUGGUCAAGCGCGGUGGGGCAACGAAGGUGUACUGCAUGGCCACGCAUGGUCUGUUUGGCGGCGACUGCCUGCGGCAGCUGGAGGAAUGCGACGAAAUCGACGGUGUCAUCGUCACCAACGCCUUUCCAAUUCCUGACGAGAAGAGACAGAUCGCGAGGAAGCUCACGGUGCUGGACGUCAGUGGCCUCCUCGCCGAGGCUAUCCGGCGGAACCAUCACGGAGAGAGCAUUUCUCAACUUUACUACCAGUUCGACUAG